AUGUUAACAGAUAAAUCACAAGUUCUUCAUUAUACCAUUCAAAAUGCUCAUGAUUUGGACGAAGCUAUGAUAUCGUUGUCGCCACUUUGGUUAUCCCUGAUAGUACAUUUUAAGGUCUUGUACUUUAUGUGGAAUAGAAAGAAGUUUGUAUUGUUUAUACGAAAAUUGUGGUUCUUGAAUUUAGAAGCUAAGGGUAAGGAACACUCCAUAUUAGCAGCAGAAAAUCACAAAGACAUAAUAUUUUCGACUUAUUAUUAUGUGACAGUUAAUACAACAGGUCUGUUUUUAUUAUCGGUUCCAUUUUUGAGAUCCGGAAUCUAUGCUUGGCAAGGCGAAAAUUAUUGGAAUAAUUUAGAAACACCAGUAAAAGCCAUCAUGUACCACAAUCAAUAUUUGCCAAUACAGCCCGGUAUCAGACGUUACUUUCAUAUACAACGCCUAGGUUUUGCAGCGCUUGGUCUGAAUAUCACCUCUAUAGAUCAUACAUUGCAUAAUUACUUUCAUGUUUGGUUACCCGUUUUUAUACUUCUAGCUCUUUAUAUUCCUGUUUUAUCGUAUGUCAUUGAAAAUGCUUAUGAUUUGAACAAACUUAUAACUGCCUUGACACCAUUUUGGCAGUCGAUUAUUGCACAUUUUAAAAUUUUAUACAUUUUAUGGAAUAGAAAGAAUGUAGUAACGCUAAUAAGAAAAUUAUGGUUAUUUAAUUUAGAAGCCAAAAAUGAAGAACAUGCUAUAGUGGUGGCCGAAAAUCGUAAGGAUAUAAUUUUUAGUACUUUUUAUAAUGCGGUUGCACUUGUAACGGGUAGCUGUAAUAUAUUGGCUCCCUUAUUUGUAGCUGCUUACUAUGCUCUGCAAGGCGAAAGUUUUUGGGAAUAUUUAGACGAACCCUCCAAAGGAAAUUAUAUUAUUCACAAAAAAUCUAUAUUCUGUUAUAUUUGUGUUUACAUUUGGAAUAUGAUUGGAACAUAUUAUGUCGUCUUUGCUUGUAUAGCAGCCGAAACCUUAUUCUCUUGGUUUAUGUUUAAUAUUGUUUCACAAUUUCAUAUACUUAAGCAUCGUUUACAUCAGGCAGGUGUUGAAAAUAACGGCAAUUGUUCUACGAAAACUAUUACCGAUUGUAUUGCUUUCCAUUGUCGUGUCAUAGCAUUGGCCAAUGAAUUUAAUAAAGCAUAUGGCGCAGUGAUAUUUGUAAAAUUCGUUGUAAGUUGCUUGCAAAUAUGUUGUUUGGCUUUUCUAUUAAGUCGUAGAGAUACUGAACUAGUCGAAAAAGUUUAUCUCUUUUUAUUUUUACUAACGGUAUCGGUUCAAUUGAUGAUGUAUUGCUAUGGCGGUCAGAUGAUACAGGAUGAGAGCAGCUCUAUUGCUGAUAUCAUUUAUGAAAGUUUCCACUGGGAAACAUUAUCGUUGACCAAUAGAAAAAUGUUAAUUUUUUCCAUGAUGCGUUCUCAGAAGCCCUGUUAUGUUUCUGGCAUAUUUUUUACAGCCAAUUUAAAUUUGUAUUUGUGGGUUUAUCGUACCGCAGCUUCAUUUAUUACAUUACUCAAGACUAUGGAAGAAGAUAGGUUGCAGUAA